AUGGAAGAGGAGAAGAAGUGCAGCUCGCUGCUAAAUGUAGCCAGCUCGGGUAAGGUCGAGGAGGGCGAGACCAUCAUGAUAUUGAAAGACGAGCAGCAUUUGGCCAAUCUUGGCUACAAGCAAGAAUUCAUGCGUCAUCUCGGCCUCUUUGAGAACUGGGCCGCCACGUUUACGUCCAUGAACUUUGUCAGUGGCAUCCCGGUCCUAUUUGGUUGGGUCAUGUACACAGGUGGACCAAAGUCUGCCUUUGCCAACUGGACCAUGGUUGGUGGCCUGUCGUUUAUCGUGUCGCUGGUCAUGGCUGAGAUUGCGGCCGCAUUUCCCACCGCCGGCGGCAUAUAUUUUUGGUCAUAUCGGCUCGGUGGCGAGAAAUGGGGGCCCUUUCUGAGCUGGAUGACAGCCUGGUGGAACUGGGCAGGCUGGAUCUGCGUCGUUCCAGGUGUGCAGCAGGGCGCGACCAACUUUCUUCUCAGCGGUCUUCAGAUCCAAUAUCCUGAUGCUGACGUGCUGACCAAGGGUUGGUUGGCCUGGCUUCUGACGGCUAUUGGAAUGGUUUUUGCCACUGUGCCCAAUAUUAUCUCGCAGCGCGCCUCCGGCCACUUCCAGACCAGCACCGGGGCCUUUGACAACAUUUACAAUGGCAUCAACGAGAGGAAUUCGAAUCAAGCAUCGGAUUCGUAUUGCUGGGUCAUCGGCGUCUUGUUUGGUGCCUGGGUUUUUUACGGAUAUGACGCCUCGGCGCACUUGGCAGAGGAGACGCACGAUGCGUCCGAGGUGGUUGCCAAGGGCAUGUGGAUGUCCACCCUAUCUUCCUGGCUCCUAUCAAUUCCGACGCUCAUUCUCAUCCUGUUCUGUAUGCAAGACUUUCAAGGCAUCAUCUCGGCGUCUUACACCAACAACUGGGCGGAAUACUUGGUGCAACUCAUAGGAAAGCCAGGAGCAGUAGCUGUCCUUUCUAUUCUCUGGGUCGACUUGACCUGCGCUACCGCCAGCUGCUUCAUGUCUGCUCAGCGCGUGACUUUUGCCAUCUCUCGCGACGGCGUCCUUCCGUUUUCGAAGUACUUUAGAAAACUCAACGAAAAGAAGAUCCUCGUCCAUGCCGCAUAUCUCGUACUUGCCCUCAGUAUCGCCAUUACCUGUGCCGUCAUCGGCUCGACUGUCGCCUUCUCUGCUAUCACAGCCACGGCCACAAUUGCUACCAACUUCUCAUAUCUCAUCCCUAUCUGCGCCCGCUAUACAGUCGGACGGCGCAGUUUCCAGCCCGCCAAGUGGAGCCUGGGUAGGUACAGCAUCGUUUUCGGCGUGAUACCCAUGCUCUAUAUCAUGUUCUUAUUUGUCGUGCUUUUGCUGCCGCAGCUUUAUCCUGUCACCAGUGAAACGCUGAACUAUGCGCCAAUCUGCAUCGGGAUUGUCACCAUCAUCAGCCGUAUUGGAUGGAUACUGCCCUUUGGCUUCGGCGGCAUGCACUGGUUCACGGGCCCCAAGCGGACAAUAGAUGAACUUGAACACCGAGAUUAG